UGUCAACUUGAAUACAUUGAGGAGCUGUUGAAACAAGAAAUACAAUGAAUGUAGGCCAAUUCUGGGAUUUCUUUGACUAUUAUUAGGCUACCUAACUAGCUUGACGUUAAAUUAAUCUUCAAGAACACCAUUCAAACUCUGAAGAUGGAAAUGUCCUUAAAUGCGAAAGUUGACUCAAUCACUCCAUUCAGUGCUCUGGACAAUCCUCCUUCACGCCCUGAGCUGAGAGAUAAAGAUAGCUUUCAUGUCUUUAUCAGCUACAGCAGCUGUGAUUCACAAUGGACAGAGAACCUCAUCACCUGGCUGGAAUCACCUCAGUGUGGUCUACUGACCUCCUACCAUGAGAGAGAUUUUGUUCCAGGCUGCAGCAUCCUGGAGAACAUGACAAACUGCAUCCAGAAAAGUCAGAAAGUGCUCCUUGUCCUCAGUCAGGACUUUGUGAGGAGUCGCUGGUGUCUGCUGGAGGCCAACCUGUCCCUGUUCAGAGACUGCCUGGAGUGCAAGCCUUUGAUACCGGUGCUACUGGAACGUGACAUCACCAUUCCAAUGCACCUCUGCCACCUAACAUACCUGGACGCUAAAGACCCGGAAUUCCACAGUAAACUGUUAAAAGUACUCUGCACCCCAAAUCACCAGAUGCGAGGUUCCAGUGUGGUGCCUUACCAGCCACCCUCGGUCUACAAUGGCAAAUCUCUGCCGCCUCUCACAGCUGUGAAUGAGGAGGGCCUCCACACGUGGGAGGCUGGUGUGUUCAAUGACCAAGGAGUUCCAGAACAGCUGCAGUUAGUGCUACAGAAUGAGGAGAGGUACAAGGCAGCUAUCAGGAUGGUUAACAAUGUCUCUCAAACAAAAGUCUGGGUCCGGUCUCUGGGCUUUAGGUUAUUGUUAUACUUUCUUGGUAUAGCAUUUACUUUAUUUUUAGGCUUCCCAAUAGCUAUUUGUAUUGGAGAAUAUGGUCCAUCAGCAGCGAUUUACAUCUCCUGUCAAGUGGCGUUUAUUUAUAGACUAUGUUUGUUGCACAUAGACAGUGAUAAAUAUAUAACACAUGAAAUGCAGAAGUGCACCGGCCAAGCUAAUGUUGCUCUUUCUGAGGAGAAGAUUCUAAUGGGCUGUCAGUCACGAACCAAACUGCACCUUGUGUAUGUAUCUGUGGAUGGAUGCAAGCUCAUGUUUAAUGAGACUUACCAGUCAGCCCUUGCUGAGGAGAUGUUCCAAAGGGCCUUGCUCCACUUCUCUUCAGGCUAUGCCAGCUGUUUAGCCAAACGUCACUUCCCCUUUGACAUUUCCAGCUCACAUGGCCACUUGGAAGGUGGCGUGUGCUUCUGUCAGUAUGUCUCUCAGCAGCUGAAGAACGGCAAGUGGUCAUAGGAUUCCAACUACGCUUUAAGGAAUUCGGUGAGAUGCUCUUGCAUGAUCUGCAGAUGUCAGACAUUGCACGAUUAACAUAUUUCUAAUGAUUGAUUCAGCCCUUGCUUUGCUGCAGACACUAGGGUUGUGAUACAUGUAUGAGACUUUUGUCACUUACCUGGAGCUCAUGGGAGGCCCAUCAAGAAGUCAUGUGAAAUUGGUAUGGAUGCAAAGCACUUUUCCACCUGGCUGAGUUAAAUUCCUGUGUUUAUCUAAUCUCUACGAAUGUUUGUU